GUACUGCAGGCUUAUGCAGCAGCGGUGAGGAGCAAGUCGGGUGCCUGCAUUGUUGCUGUUAUCGGCGGCAAGUUGUCCGAGGGCAUCAACUUUAAUGACGACCUCGCACGGGCUGUCGUAAUUAUCGGUCUGCCCUACCCGAACGUUAACUCAGUCGCACUGCGUGAAAAAAUCAACUUUCUUAACCGAAACUUUUCGAACCCAUCGGCGAAAGCCCUCAAAUCUCAGGAAAUGAGUGUAAAUGCAAGUCGAUCGGCGGAGGAGUCUUCUCGCCUCACUCCGGGUCAGCUCCUAUGUGAAACUAUCUGUAUGCGCUCAGUAAACCAGGCCAUAGGACGCUCUGUCCGGCACGCUAAGGACUACGCAGCCAUCUUCCUGUUGGACCGACGCUUUUCUCGUAAACAGGUACACAUGUCCCCUCCAAGAAUAUCUACUAGGGUUCUCAAUGGCCUUCCAACCUGGGCCCAACCGGCUAUAGUUCAACCUCCACCUACCGAUCUUUCCGCCCUCCUGAACCAGCUGAAGGAGUUUUUCCUCAGGAACAAGUCCGAUGGCAGCUGA